AUAAAUGAAAUGGGCAAUCAUUCCAUUGUGACAGAAUUUCUUCUAAUGGGAUUUUCAGAUGACUAUGAUAUGCAAGCUUUACAUUUUGUGAUAUUUCUCUCUGUUUAUUUAAUGGCUGUAGUGGGAAAUAUUUUGAUCAUCAUAGCUGUGGCACUAGACCAUCAUCUUCAUAGUCCCAUGUAUUUCUUUCUGGCCAACCUUUCGUUUUUGGAUGUUUGCUACAUCUCUACUACAGUUCCUAAAUCCAUAGCUGUUUCAAUAACAAAAAACAAUGUGAUUUCUUUUGCCGGAUGUGUUGUGCAGGUCUUCUUAGUUGUCACAUUUGUUGGAGGUGAACUUUUUUUGCUCACCAUCAUGGCCUAUGACCGAUAUGUAGCCAUCUGCCACCCUCUGCAAUACAAUAUGAUCAUGAACUGGAGUGCCUGCAUUCAGAUGGCAGCUGCGGCCUGGAUAAGCACCCUGAUCCAUGCAAUGCUAGAAACUAGUCUGACUUUCAGGGUGACCUUUUGUGGAUCCAAUAAGAUUGGACAAUAUUUCUGUGAUAUGCCUCUAUUACAAAAGAUUUCUUGCUCCGAUACAAAAGUUCAUCAAAUUAUCACUAUGGUCAUUGCGGUCAAUGGAAGCACAUUUUGCAUUGGACUCCUGCUUGUUUCUUACGGAUAUAUCUUUUCUGCAGUGCUGAAGAUUCCAUCAGUUCAAGCAAGAUACAAAGUUUUCUCAACCUGCACUCCUCAUCUGACUGUGUUUUCCUUAUUUAUGACCACGGUUAUAUUCUCAUAUAUGAUUCCAAAAACACUUUCAACUCCCAUUGUGGAUUUGGUUUCUGCCUGUCUGUAUACCGUUUUGCCACCCGUUCUAAAUCCCAUCAUUUAUUGUUUAAGAAAUAAAGAUGUACAAAAAUCUUCUUGGAGAAUAGCCUCCACAUUAAAGCAACUUCUAGGAUAA